GGCGCUUGGGGUGUGUUCGCUCGGUCUCAGGUUCCGCAGCGGUGAGUCGAGAACGAGAAGGUCGGAGAGGAGACGAUGUCCGCGCCAGGCUUGGGAUAGGGUCCACUGUGCCCGCGUCCCCCCUCCUCUCCCGCCGUUCCCCGCCCCGUCCACAGUCCGAUGGCGGCGGCGGCGCUGAGGAACCUGCCGCAGGCCUGUGUGACCUUUGAAGACGUGGCCAUUUACUUCUCCCAGGAGGAGUGGGGGCUCCUUGAUGAGGCACAGAGAUUCCUGUACCAUGAUGUGAUGCUGGAGAACUUUGCACUUACAACAUCCCUGGAUUGUCAGUGUGGAGCAGAGGAUGAGGAGAUCCCUUCUGAGCAGAGUGUUUCCGGAGGAGAGUCACAGGUCAGGACUUCUCAGUCAUUUCCAUCGACCCAGAAGACUCAUCCCUGUGAGAAGUGUAUCUCAGUCUUGAAAGACAUUUUGCAGCUGACUGAGCUCCAGGCAGCAUAUCUUGGGCAAAAACCAUACUUUGGUUGCGGGUCCAGCGGCUUCUGGUUGAAUGCAAGCCUUCACCAGUAUCAGGAGCAUGUAAAUGGAGAGAAAAACUUUAAAAUGGACGUAGACAGGGCCUCGAUUGUGACGAGCUGCAGACUCCAUGUGUCAGGGAAGCCCUUCCCCUGUGGGGAGGAUGGAAAAGACUUCCUAGCUACCUUGGGCCUUCAUCAGCACCAGGCCACUCCCAACAGUGAGAAGCCACACAGCAGCAUUGAGUCUGGGGAGGCCUUAAACAAUGGAAAAAGUCAUAACAAGUGGAUUGAAUGCAGGGAAGUUUUUGGCAACACUCAUAUACUUCACCACCAGAGAGUCUGCUCUGGAGAAGGUCUUGAUGAGUGUAGCAAAUGCAAAUACAGAUUUGUUCAGCACCAGCAAAUUCAUGUUGGAGAAAGGCCUUAUGAGUGUAGUGAAUGUGGGAAAUUCUUUAGCCGUAAAACCCACCUCAUUCGACACUGGAGGGUUCACACAGGAGCAAAGCCUUAUGAGUGCAGUGAAUGUGGGAGGUCUUUUAGCCAGAAAUCUGACCUCAUUCAACACCAAAGAGUUCACACUGGAGAAAGGCCUUAUGAGUGCAGUGAAUGUGGGAGAUCUUUUAUCCAGAAAUCCAUCCUCAUUAAACACCAGAGAGUUCACACUAAUGAAAGACCUUAUAAAUGCGAUCAAUGUGGAAAAUCGUUUAGCCAAAGUGCUGGCCUCCUUCGACACAAGAGAGCUCACACUAGAGCAAGGCCUUAUGAGUGCAGUGAAUGUGGGAAAGCCUUUAACUGUAAAACCCACCUCGUUCGACACUGGAGAGCUCACACUGGAGUUAGGCCUUAUGAGUGCAGUGAAUGCGGAAAAUCUUUUAGUGAGAAAUCUGUCCUCACUCAACACCAAAGAGUUCACAGUGGAGAAAAGCCUUAUGAGUGCAGUGGAUGUGGGAAAGCCUUUAGCCAGAAAUCUGUCCUCAUUCAGCACGAGAGAGUUCACACAGGAGAAAGGCCUUAUGAGUGCGGUGAAUGUGGGAAAUCCUUUAGCCGCAGAACCCACCUCAUUCGACACCGGACGGUGCACACUGGAGCAAGAUCUUUUGAUUGCAGUGAAUGUGGGAGAUCCUUUACUCAGAGCUCUGGUCUCCUUCGACACAGGAGAGCUCACACAUCUGAAAGACUGUAUGAGUGCAGUGAAUGUGGGAAAACCUUCACUUACAAGCACACAUUUCUUCGGCACAAGACGCUUCAUACUGGAGAAAGGCCUUUUGAAUGCAGUGAAUGUGGGAAGGCCUUCAGUUUCAAAUAUAAACUUGUUCAGCACCAACGUAUUCACACUGGAGAAAGGCCUUAUGAGUGUGCCGAAUGUGGGAAAGCUUUUGGGUGCAGAUCCAAACUUGUUCGGCACCAGAGAAUUCACACUGGAUCAAGGCCUUAUGAGUGUACUGAAUGUGGCAGAUUCUUUAGACAAAGUUCCAGCCUUGUUCAGCACCAGAGAAUUCACACAGGAGCAAGGCCUUAUGAAUGUGGUGAAUGUGAGAAAUCUUUUAGCCAAAGCUCCAGCCUCAUUCAGCACCGCAGAAUUCACACUGGAGAAAGGCCAUGUGAAUGCAGUGAAUGUGGGAAAUCCUUUAGCCAAAGCUCCAGCCUCAUUCAACACCGAAGAGUUCAUACAGGAGCAAGGCCUUAUGAGUGCAGGGAAUGUGGGAAAUCCUUUAGCCAAAGCUUCAGCCUCAUUCUACAUCAGAGAAUUCACACUGGAGAAAGACCUUAUGAAUGCGGUGAAUGUGGAAAGUCUUUUAGCCAAAACUACAGCCUCAUUCAGCACCAUAAACUUCACACUAGAUAAAGGCCUCAAGAGUACAGCCAACAUGAGAAAGCCUUCAGUUGACAGUCUGCUCUGAUUCAACACCAAAAUCUCACAACUCAGAUCUAAGUUUUAGGAAUUCAGCUAAUGUGGAAAAAAUACCUUCUGCAUGAGGAAAUCUACAUAAGAUAAUGCCUUAGACCUUCAGGGAAUGUGCUUUCUCUCUGCUCAUUGUGAUAACACUAGAGAGCCUCUAUGAGGAGCCAUCUGCCAUGAGUUCCAGAGACAGGAGAAGAUGGCAGAAGAGUAGGACGCGGAGAUCACCUUCCUCCCGACAGAUACAUCAGAAAUACAUCUACACGUGGAACUGCUCCUAUAGAACACCCACUGAAUGCUGGCAGGAGACCUCAGACCUCCCAAAAGGCAAGAAAUUCCCCACGUACCUGGGUAGGGCAAAAGAAAAAACAGAGACAAAAGAAUAGGGACAGGAUCUGCACCAGUGGGAGGGAGCUGUGAAGGAGGAAAGGUUUCCACACACUAGAAGCCCCUUCACGGACGGAGAUUGGGUGGCGGAGGGGGUAAGCUUCAGAGCCACAGAGGAGAGCGCAGCAACAGGGGCGUGGAGGGCAAAGCAGAGAGAUUCCCGCACAGAGGAUCAGUGCCGACCAGCACUCACCAGCCCAAGAGGCUUGUCUGCUCACCCGCUGGGACGGGCGGGGGCUGGGAGCUGAGGCUCCGGCUUCAGAGCUUAGAUCCCAGAGAGAGGACGGGUUGGUGGAGUGAACACAGCCUGCGCCACGGCCAGCCGGGAGGAAGUCCCGGCAAAGUCUGGAGCUGCCGAAGAGACAAGAGACUUUUUCUUGCCUCUUUGUUUCCUGGUGCACAAGGAGAGGGGAUUAAGAGCACUGCUUAAAGGAGCUCGAGGGGCUUCCCUGGUGGCGCAGUGGUUGAGAGUCCACCUGCUGACGCAGGGGAUACGGGUUCGUGCCCUGGUCCGAGGAGAUCCCACAUGCCGCAGAGCGGCUGGGCCCGUGAGCCAUGGCCACUGAGCCUGCGCGUCCGGAGCCUGCGCUCCACAACGGGAGAGGCCACAGUAAUGAGAGGCCCGCAUACCAAAAAAAAAAAAAAAAAAAGGAGCUUGAGACGGGCGCGAGCUGCGGCUAUCAGCAUGGACCCCAGAGACGGGCAUGAGACGCUAAGGCUGCUGCUGCAGCCACCAAGAAGCCUGUGUGCAAGCACAGGUCACUAUCCACACCUCCCCUCCCCGGAGCCUGUGCAGCCCGCCACUGCCAGGGUCCCAUGAUCCAGGGACAACUUCCCCGGGAGAACACACGGUGCACCUCAGGCUGGUGCAACAUCCCACUGGCCUCUGCUGCCGCAGGCUCAUCCUGCACUCUGUACCCCUCCCUCCCCCUGGCCUGAGUGAGCCAGAGCCCCCGAAUCAGUGGCUCCUUUAACCCCGUCCUGUCUGAGCGAAGAACAGACGCCCUCAG